AUGGCUGUUGAGGGCCGAGCCCCUGUUCCCGGAACUUGGCGCAGGCGCAGGUUCUUAUCGUUGUCCGCUGGGCCCGAGUUGGUGCCCGAGCCUCGCACCCUGGGUGUGAUCCGCAGCGGCCGCCGCGCAGGCCGCCCAAACCCUCGCCGCUGCCAGCUGCGUCUGGGCCGCGCCGUCGCCCCCUGCCUCAUGCUGCCCGCCGAGCAGGCGCCGCCGCCGCCGCCGUCGCCGUCGCAGGUGCUGCAGAGCUACCACCAGGCCUGCGAGGCGGCCCUCAACCGGCAGGCCAACCUGGAGCUGCACGCUGCCUACACUUUGCUCUCCAUGGCCUGUCACUUCUACCGCGACGAUGUGGCGCUCACCUGCCUGGCCGCCUACUGGCAGCGCCAAGCCAGCAAGGCGCGCCAGCAGGCCGAGCUGCUGCUGCUGCUGCAGAACCAGCGCGGGGGCCGCGUUGUGCUUCACGACAUCCCCAAGCCCGAGACCGACGACUGGGGCAGCGGGCUCCACGCCCUGGAGCGAGCCCUCCACCUGGCCACCAGGGUGCAGCAGGGCCUCAGCGACCUGCACCAGCUGGCGGCUGAUUGGGGUGACCUGGAGCUGUGCGGCUUCCUGGAGAGCCGCUGUAUGCACCAGCAGGCCAAGUUCGUCCAGGAGCUGGGCGAGCACCUGAACCACCUGCGCUGGCUGACUGACGACAACGCCCGCCUGGAAGAAUACUUCGACACCAAGUUCAACUUCGGAGACAGCGACAAGGAGAACCAGUUCGGAGACCCGGAGUGA